UGUCCACCACAAUCAGUACUGACGCACCACUUUACCAAUCAACUCACCACACACUUCAAGAGACCAGACCAGAGGUUUUCCUAGACUGACCAACAGAGCACACCAUUCAGCAGACAGUGCCAUGCACCUCCUAGCAAAGAGCUGCAUUCCAAACAGAGGUCCCUCAACCUCCUGAACGUUGCCUCUCUAGCAGCUAAGAAUGCUGGGAAUGUGUCGUGGGCGCAGGAAGUUCCUGGCUGCCACCCUGGCCCUGCUCUUUAUCCCGGCUCUUACUUGGCUUUACCUGUCCGCUGCCAACUUCACAGUAAAGCCACUGGCUCUGUCUCCACUGGAGCCUCAGUCCUCCACGCUGGCUUUGGAGCUGCGGGUUCGUGAGGUGGAGGAGGAAAACCGAGUGCUCAGGAAAGAACUGAGUCAGCCACCUAAAAACCCCAACCACAAUAAACAGCACGCCAUCGGACACCAUGCCAACCAAUCUCAUGCCCAUGUCAGCAAUACAAGACAUGCAGAGGCUCAAAAUGGUGUGGCCCCGGCGAAUGGCUCGGACUGUGUGUCUCAACCUGUGGUGGACAAGUGUGAGACAAUUCACAUGGCCAUAGUGUGUGCUGGCUACAAUGCUAGCAGAGAUGUGGUGACACUGGUGAAAUCUGUCCUGUUCCAUAGACGGAACCCUCUCCACUUCCACUUCAUCACAGACUCCAUAGCCCAGCAGAUCCUGUCCUCCCUCUUCCACACCUGGAUGGUGCCAGCUGUUCAAGUGGACUUUUACGAUGCUGAUGAACUGAAGUCUGAGGUGUCGUGGAUCCCUAACAAGCAUUACUCUGGUAUCUAUGGACUGAUGAAGCUGGUUCUGACCAAGACGCUGCCCUCUGACCUGCAGAAAGUCAUCGUUCUGGAUACGGACAUCACCUUCGCUACAGAUAUCGCUGAACUGUGGGCCGUCUUUCACAAGUUUAAAGGUCAGCAGGUGUUGGGGUUGGUGGAGAAUCAGAGUGACUGGUAUUUAGGGAACUUGUGGAAGAACCAUCGGCCCUGGCCAGCUCUUGGCAGAGGCUUCAACACUGGUGUGAUUCUGCUGCUGCUGGAUCGUUUGAGGAAGCUCAGAUGGGAGCAGAUGUGGAGACUGACAGCCGAGAGAGAGCUGAUGAGCAUGCUGUCUACAUCCCUCGCAGAUCAGGACAUCUUCAACGCUGUGAUCAAACAGAACCCCUUCCUAGUGCACCAGCUGCCCUGCUUCUGGAACGUCCAGCUGUCUGAUCACACCCGCUCUGAGAAGUGCUACAGAGACGUGUCCGAUCUCAAGGUGAUCCAUUGGAACUCUCCUAAGAAGCUCCGGGUGAAGAACAAGCACGUGGAGUUCUUCAGGAACCUUUAUCUGACCUUCCUAGAGUAUGAUGGGAAUUUGCUGAGGAGGGAGCUGUUUGGCUGCCCCAGUGAGACCGACCACAACAGUGAGAAUCUUCAGAAGACUCUGCUGGAGCUGGAUGAGGACGACCCGUGCUACGAGUUUCGGCGUGAGCGCUUUACUGUGCACCGUACACACCUUUACUUCCUGCACUACGAGUACGAACCCAGCACUGACCAGACUGAUGUUACCUUUGUGGCCCAGCUCUCCAUGGACAGACUGCAGAUGCUGGAGGCCAUCUGUAAACACUGGGAAGGUCCCAUCAGUCUGGCUCUGUACCUGUCUGACGCCGAGGCACAGCAGUUCCUGCGUUACGCUCAGGGCUCCGAGGUGCUGAUGAGCAGAAGCAACGUGGGGUAUCACAUCGUCUACAAAGAGGGUCAGUUCUACCCCGUCAACCUCUUACGCAACGUUGCUAUGAGACAGGUCAACACGCCCUAUAUGUUCCUGUCCGACAUCGACUUCCUGCCCAUGUAUGGGCUCUACGAGUACCUCAGGAGGUCUGUGGUACAGCUGGACAUGGCGCACACUAAGAAGGCUCUUGUGGUUCCUGCGUUUGAGACACUUCGGUACCGACUGUCCUUUCCUAAAUCCAAGGCUGAGCUUCUGUCCCAGCUUGAUAUGGGCACUCUGUUCACCUUCAGGUAUCAUGUAUGGACAAAAGGACACGCUCCGACUAACUUUGCUAAAUGGAGGACAGCCACGACACCAUACAGAGUGCAGUGGGAGGCUGACUUUGAGCCGUACGUGAUUGUGAGGAGGGACAGUCCUGAGUACGACCGCAGGUUUGUGGGGUUCGGCUGGAACAAAGUGGCCCACAUUAUGGAACUGGAUGCUCAGGAAUACGAGUUUGUGGUUCUACCUAACGCCUACAUGAUUCACAUGCCCCACGCACCGAGCUUUGACAUUACCAAGUUUCGCUCAAACGAGCAGUACCGGGCAUGCCUCAAGACUCUUAAAGAGGAGUUUCAGCAGAACAUGUCCCGCCGCUACGGAUUCGCUGCCCUCAAAUACAUGACAGCGGAGAAUAACAGCUAG